AUGUUAGAGCUAAAAGUGAUCCCCUAUCCAAAUGGUUCUAUAGCGACAAAAACAGGUUAUAAAUUGUUGGCCCAGUCCUGUUCAUUGCGGUGGCUGGCUCAGAACAUGCCAUCCAAAGCUUUGAAGUUUCUUCUGCAUUUUCUUCGCAGUGUGUGGGCGAGCAUUGCCGUUGAGAAAGCCAAGGUUCCGCUGUUUUUUUUUUUCGUGGAGCUGCACCAUCUCGAUCCAGCAGAGUACAGUAGGCAUCAGCGCUAA